GGACUCGUUUAGAACAUGGUUGGUACUGCUAAAGGUAACUUAUUUUCUUUGUUCGAUUGAUUGUUUUUUAAAUUGAUUAUUCUUACCAUUGUUUAGCCACUGCCGCUGCCAAGAAAACCCAACGCAUUCAGAAGAAGAGCGGAGGUCAUAUUCAUACUACCACUCGUUUCUACCGCCCCAAGACUCUUAAACUUGCUCGUAAGCCCAAGUAUGAGAGACACGCUAUCAGCAAGGAGAAUAAGAUGGAUGCUUAUGCUAUCAUCAAGAAGCCAGCUGUGAGCGAGUCUUCUAUGAAGAAGAUUGAGUCUGAGAAUAUUCUUACUUUCUUUGUGGAUAUUCGUGCAAACAAGAGACAGAUUCGUCAGGCCAUUAACAAGCUUUACAAUGUUAAGUGCUCUAAGGUGAAUACGGUGAUUUCUCCUCUGGGUUUCAAGAAGGCGUUUGUGCGUAUGAGUGGUGAGAAUGAAGCUAUGGACGUUGCUAACAAGAUUGGUAUCUUCUAAGUUGAGUGGUAUAAACAUGUCCUUAU